UCUCUCUCUCUCUCCCUCUCUCUAAAAUCCCCUCACAAAAUCCCCAAAUCCCUCCCUCCCUCGCUCUUUCUCUCUCUAGAAGUUCUUACCUCGGCCAUGGCGGCGGAGACGUCGAGAUCGGCGGCCCCCUCUGCUGAUUCCUACAUCGGCAGCCUCAUAAGCUUGACCUCAAAGUGCGAGAUCAGGUACGAGGGGAUCCUAUACAACAUCAACACUGAAGAGUCCAGCAUAGGACUUCGCAACGUGCGAUCUUUCGGAACCGAAGGACGAAAGAAGGACGGUGCGCAGAUCCCUGCCAGUGAUAAAAUCUAUGAGUAUAUUUUGUUUCGGGGAAGUGAUAUCAAGGAUCUACAGGUUAAGUCAUCACCUCCGCCUGUUCAAACUGCUUCCAUUCACAAUGAUCCUGCUAUUAUUCAGUCACACUAUUCUCAUCCUGCAUCUACUUUGGCUACCUUGCCUUCUGCUGGAAAUGGAGUUGUUGCUGCUCCUAGUUCCAAUACAACUCAGCUGGGACUUUCAAGGUCCGCUUUCCAAGGUGGUCUACCCCUUCAUCGGCCUGGGGGAAGCAUAGGGUCCUGGGGUCCUACACCAACUCCACCACCUGCAAAUGGCUCUGGACUUGCAGUGCCAAUGUAUUGGCAAGGAUAUUAUGCGCCAUCAGGUGGCCUUCCUCAUCUUCAGCAGUCCUCUUUGCUCCAGCCACCGCCUGGAUUGCCUAUUCAACAAUCGAUCCAGCAGCCUUUGCUGUAUCCUGGAAUAAAUGCAUCACAGCAGUCUGGAUCUUUGAAUCCGUCAGAGGUCCCUCAGCCUUUAUUUCCACCUGUUAGUAUUACUCAGAGUUUGACCUCCUCUAUGCCUUUGACCUCAACAGUUGCACUUAAUCAAGCUAGCUUUUUAGCUCCUGAAACAACAUCUACCCUGAUGCCAAAGAUACCUCCGGCAACAACUCUUGGUUCUAAUCUACCUUUGGUGCCUCCAUUAACUUCUAGUAGUGAUUCCCUUAUAGCAAGCUCUCAAAAUAUGCCUUUUACUAUUAGUAGCAAGCCAAUGAUGAUUCCUGCUUCAGCCUUGGGUUAUCAAACAAAGUCUCAGCCUAUGCCCUCAUUAGUUGGUGCAUCCAGUUCAAACACAGUUGAACCAGCAGUACCUUUAGUGACCCCUGAUCAAUUGUUGGAGCCUGGCACCUCAACAACUCCUUCAUCUCCGCCAUUGCAAACAAACAAUAAACUUGUAGACGUUAAAGCACAGGAAACAAUGAAAAAACCUUCUGUACCAGCAUCAUCUGUGCAUGCUCAAGCAAAAGUCAGGGAGCCAAUACCUGCUGUAUCAGAAUCAUCUAGUCAUGUGCCAGCAAAGGUCAAGGAACCAAUACUUCCCUUACCUAAGCCUAUGCAUCAUAAGCCAAACGGAGCUUUUAUGCACACACAUCACUACAAUGGGCGGCGUGGAAGAGGAAGUGGAAGAGGAAGAGGAAGAGAAAAUGGGUAUUCACGUCCUAUAACCAAAUUUACUGAAGAGUUCGACUUCAUGGCAAUGAAUGAGAAAUUCAACAAGGAUGAGGUCUGGGGCCAUCUAGGUAAAAGCAAAUCUAUGUUGCAUGACAGGGAGGGAGGUGAAAAUGGUGAUGAAUCAGAUGAUAAUUUGGAAGAUGAUGAUGUUGAAACUCAUCAAUCUGAGAUGAAGAAGCCUGUCUAUGUGAAGGAUGACUUCUUUGACACACUCUCCAGCAGCACUCUUGAUCGGAACUCACAAGGUGGGAGAAGGAAAUUUUCCGAGCAGUUGAAACUAGACACAGAGACAUUUGGUGAUUUCCCAAGGCACCGCUCAAAUCGAGGGGGAGGACAUGGAUUUCGCGGGGCCCACACCCUUCGAGGUGGUGGGGGCCGUACACGAGGCGCCUACCAUGGCAGAGAGUAUGGCUAUGUACCGAGGGGAAGAGGACAGGCCGUCUCAAAUCGAGCUUCUUAAGGGGGGCUUGCUUGUAAUGUAACAUAUGCUUGCUGGGUUUAUUGUUAGGUAAAUAAACCAGAAUAUGAAAAGACCAGGGAAAGUGUCUUUUAGCUUUAUGGGGCUAAGAAUUAUGUUUGUAGGAGUAACAUGUUGACAUCUUGUAGCACACUUCAGUUUCUUUUGUUUAGGGAUUCUUUUAUUUGGAAAUAAAUGUUGUGUUUGUUUGUAAAA